AUGUCAGUGUUGGGCGAAGUCAGUGCGGCCAUUGGGCUAGCGAACUCCGCCAUACAUAGAAUUCACCAGGGAUUCAUCCUCAUGUCAUCGGUGUGGAGGUUUGGAAAUGACGCUGAUCAACUCCGCCGAAAGAUGGAAUAUGAAUUCCUUCGCUUCUUUAUGUGGGAAGAGCAACAUGAGUUCUCCAAUCUCGAAAAUGCAGUAGGCCAGGAAGGCCAUCCCGGAAUAGCUGUCAAAAAUUCCAUUAUCCAGGAGCUCGAGUCGCUUCUUCCAAGAGGAGAGAAGUUUGAGAAAAGGUAUAAUCUCAUAGUCGAGGAGACCAACGAAGACGUGGAGACCCGAGUAGUCAAUAUAGGUUGGCCCAGUCUGCCGUCUUGGCUGCAACGAAAGUUCGACACGAUGGUUGCCGAAACAAUUCACUCGCGGAACGGUACACUAAAAAAGAUUCGUUGGGCAGUGUUCGACAAAGACAGCAUGACAAGGCUUGUGCAGGAGAUCCAUGUCCAGAUCAGUGGUCUGCUGGAGAUGACAAAUCUGGGAAUCCAGAGUCGCAUUCUUGGGACCUUGACGUCGAUGAUUCGGACGGGGAUCAAGACCUCGAAAGAUGCCGAUGACUUGGAAUGCCUCUCGCAGCUUGACUUCCCACAGGACGCUCGUACAGACAGCCAGGGGGAGAUUGCGGAAGCGUCUCGACUUUCGAAGCUCAAGUCGAGUCGAAUUGCCCUAGGAGUUGACGCGACAAGCAUCGAAAUGGAGCAACAGGCAAGCUUCCAAAACUCCGUCGAUAUCAGGAGAAAAAGAGCCGAGGCAUUGAAAAUGUUGAAGAAGAAAUCUGCCGACUACAGAACAAACACCGACUGGGAACGGGUCGGGCCUGGUUUGGAGAUUGCGAUCGAGAAAGACGGCUCGAAGUGUUGGGUACUCCUCGAGAGAAGACGUAUUGAGAACCGAGCGAACAAGAUCGAGAACGGACGGCGACGUCACCAGAUCGAGAGCCUAGCUUUUCUCCUCAGCGAGCUUCGGUCUCCUUCCCUCCACUCCCUUCACUGCUCGGGCUUUUACUGGGAAGACGGAAAUAUCGCCCUGAUCUACAGCUUGCCUCCGCCGACUGAUCAUGAGUCUCCGUCCUCUCCAACUGCGCUGCCAAACGUGGUGAGUCUGAAUACCGUCCUAUCAGACCUCAGUCUGAAGAAGGCGGAUCCGACGACACGACGGCAGAUCGCUUGCGCCCUGACGAAAGUCAUCCUCCAGCUCCAUACCGCCGGCUGGCUUCACAAACAGAUAAGGUCCAGCAAUAUCCUGCUUACCAACUUCAUCGAGUCUCGAUGGCCAAGUGUACAGUCAUUUCAGGGUCCCUUCCUCGUUGGAUAUGGCUACUCCCGCCAGAUCGGCCCUCACGAUAUUUCCGAUGCGCUCCUCGAAGACGUAGAUACGAGGCUCUACAGGCACCCCAUGUCUGUGGAUCUGGAGCAGCAGCAGGACAGUCGGGAUGAGUACCGUCCACGUUUCGACUUGUAUUCCUUGGGGAUGGUGCUGCUCGAAGUUGCCCUGUGGAAGCCACUCAAGGAGAUAGUUCCAGGAAUCUUCGGUCUGGUGUUGCACCAGAAGUCUUUCGAGCCGGCAAGUGUCCUCCUUGAACUGCAAGGGAACGGUCCACGCGACUCUGUCUUGGCCGAGGUUGAGUAUUCAGAAGGCUUGGGCUUUGCCAACGUCAUACGCUGGUGUCUGGAUCCAAGAGAGUUCAUCCAUUCUGUUGAAACAGAAAAUCAGCUGGAGCAGGACGAAUUUUUAGACACCACGAUCACCCUACAAGAAGCAGUACUCACGACCCUAAAAGACGUUAAAGGAUAG